CGUGUGACGUGUCGUCUUGAACUCGCACAGGGAAGUUUGGAGUGGGGUGUGUAUGUGCGCGUCGUCUCCUGUCCAGGAACAAAACGUAAACCUCCCCCAGAAAACAUAACGCUGAUAAUGUCUCGCUGAACGUUGGACGUCUGUCUGCUGUGAUGUAGAGGUUCCGCUCCUGGCCGCCGGUUUGGCGGGAAGGCAGAAUGCAGUGGAGAAGACACGUAGUGGGCCUGACUUUCUCCAUCUUCUUCAUUUCGUCCUGUUUCACCAACAAGUAUGUACUGUCCGUGUUGAAAUUCACCUAUCCAACCUUAUUUCAAGGAUGGCAGACGUGUAUCGGGGCUCUGCUGCUCCUGGUCUCUGGAAAGACUGGGUGGCUGGAGAUGAGCCGCAUUACCAGAUCUGCGGCCCUUUCCUGGCUGCCGGGGUCGAUCUUGUUUGUAGGGAACAUAUACGCCGGCUCCCGGGCUUUAUCACGUAUGGACAUUCCCAUAUUCUUUACUCUUCAAAAUUCCUCCCAUGUUGUUGGUUACCUCAUCCUACGGCUGGUCCACGGAGAGAGGAUGCCCUGGCUGAAACACUUCAGGUUGGUGUUUGGUCCCCUACCUUUUGUCCUCUCACGCAAACACACAGGAGUGAGUCCUGUGAUGGACAGCAUAUUUGUUUUGCUCGGAUCAGCAAUCAACCUUCCUUUCUACGAUCCUGAGUUUGAAAUGGGCAGUUACACGUGGGCCAUUGGUCAUCUGUCCUGUGUUGGAGCAUAUCGAGUGUUUAAAGUUCAGUCCAGAUCCAGCCAUCUCAGUGACCUUGAGCAACAGUACAUUAACUACUUGUUCAGCGCACUGCUGUUGGCCACUGCUGCUCAUCCUACUGGUGAUCUGCUGGCUGCCCUGGACUUCCCAUCCCUGCGUUCCUACACAUUUCAUUGUGGCUGCUGUGCCAGCGCUUUGCUGGGUUUCGUCCUGCUGUUGGCCACAGUCAAACUGAGGAGCGGCUUGUCCGUCGAACACAGCAGGGCCUGGACGUUUCUGGCUAAGAUUGCCGCCAUGUUCCUCUCCCCGUUUGUUUUCUCCGUCACAGUGAACGCUCCGUCCUCUGUCUGCGUGUUGUGCAGCCAUGUUGCGGAGGGCCUCCUGAUUUACUCCGAGAGGCCCACGUAUGAUCGGGAGAGACCGGCAGCUCACCAAACGUGCCCACAACUUCAGUCCUGAUGAGAUUUUAUUUUAUGUACGCACACAUUCUUUAAGAUGUUGAAUCUGUUUAUUUAAUUUAUCUUGAGUUGAAAAUAAAAACAAUCUGUG